AGACAGUUGUUGUCGGUAACUUAGCUUAGCAAUAAGUCAAAGCUGAAAUGCGCCGCUUGGAAAUAAAACAACAGCGACAGCGGUAACACACACAAAACCAACAAAGUGGUAUUCAUAAUUUUUUAUUUUAAAAAAGUACUAUGUUUAUUUAGCAAAAAAGAUUUCCUUUCUUUUUCCAUUACUAUAAAUAAACAUCAAUCACACCUACUUGUUUCCAAACACAAACACAAAGUUAACAAAACAAAACAAAACCAAAGCAAAGAACUCAGUCAUCAUCAUCAUCAUCAUCAUCAUCAUCAUCAUCAUCUGUUUAUCAUGUCAAACACUGCUGGUCAGGUCAUCAAGUGCAGAGCUGCUGUUGCAUGGGAGGCUGGUAAGCCGCUUGUGAUUGAAGAAGUAGAGGUGGCGCCACCGCAGGCCGGUGAAGUUCGUCUUAAGAUACUCUUCACCUCCCUUUGCCACACUGAUGUUUACUUCUGGGAAGCUAAGGGUCAGACUCCAUUGUUUCCUCGUAUAUUUGGUCAUGAAGCUGGAGGGAUUGUGGAGAGUGUAGGCGAGGGUGUGACUAAUCUGAAACCAGGGGACCAUGCCCUGCCGGUAUUCACAGGGGAGUGUGGGGAAUGCCCACAUUGUAAGUCAGAAGAGAGUAACAUGUGUAAUCUUCUUAGGAUCAACACAGACAGAGGUGUCAUGAUCAAUGACAACAAAUCAAGAUUCUCUAUUAAGGGACAACCCGUACACCAUUUCGUCGGCACUUCUACAUUCAGCGAGUACACUGUCGUUCAUGCGGGAUGUGUUGCAAAGAUCAACCCUGAUGCACCACUUGACAAAGUUUGUAUUCUCAGUUGUGGAAUAUGCACAGGUCUUGGUGCUACUGUCAAUGUUGCAAAACCAAAACCUGGUUCUUCUGUUGCUAUCUUUGGACUUGGAGCUGUUGGCCUUGCUGCUGCUGAAGGGGCAAGGAUGUCUGGUGCUUCUCGAAUCAUUGGAGUUGAUUUAGUUUCUAGCCGAUUUGAAUUAGCUAAGAAGUUUGGGGUUAAUGAGUUCGUCAACCCGAAAGAUCACGACAAACCUGUUCAACAGGUAAUUGCUGAAAUGACUGAUGGAGGUGUGGAUCGUGCUGUUGAAUGUACCGGGAGCAUCCAGGCCAUGAUCUCAGCAUUCGAAUGUGUCCACGAUGGUUGGGGUGUUGCUGUACUUGUUGGAGUUCCAAACAAAGACGAUGCAUUCAAAACUCAUCCAAUGAAUUUCUUGAAUGAGAGGACUCUUAAGGGUACCUUCUAUGGUAACUACAAGCCUCGAACCGAUCUUCCUAAUGUUGUCGAGCAGUACAUGAAAGGGGAGCUGGAGCUUGAGAAAUUCAUCACUCACUCAAUCCCAUUUUCAGAGAUUAACAAAGCUUUUGAUUACAUGCUGAAAGGGGAGUCCAUUAGAUGUAUCAUCAGAAUGGAGGAGUAAAACUGUAAAACAAUGAUGAAAUAGUCCCUAUUGGGGGACUCAAUUCUCUAUCUAGUUAUGUAUAAAUAAAUUUCAUAAAUAAUCCCUUUUGGAUUAUUGAGCUUGUGAGAAUUUGUGAAGUUUGUAUGUAAAGAAUUGUACUCUGCUGGGAUUGUCUUAAUACAAGAUAAGCUAGAUUUGGAUUUUGUUAA